UUCAUUAAACUAGACAUGCCCAAUUUCUGCAACCACUCAUCAUAUGUUUUAGCCUCCAGUCCCCUGAUCAUCUUUGUUGCUCUUCUCUGCACUCUUCCUAGAGCCUCAAUAUCUUUUUUGUAUCGUGGUAACCAGACCUGAAGGCAGCAUUCCCAGUGUGGUGUUACAGUACAAAGCGGUAUCAACACUUCCCGUGAUCUUGAUGCUUCCCCUCUGUUGAUGCAGCCUAGGACUGACUGCAUUGGCUUUUUUGGCAGCUGCAGCAAAUGUGCUGGUCGCCCUGCAGCUGCUGCUGUGGGAUGGCCCAUCAGUGAAGGGUUUUAAGAAGACAUCGGACAGCAGUUGCUUUGAAAUGGUAUGUCUCUUGCUCAAGCAGAGGGUUGGACUAGAAGACCCCCAAGGUCCUUCCCACUCUGUUAUUCUGUAUCCUGCAUCCUCCCCAUCCUGAAGCCACCCUCUGGACACCCACCUUUUUGAACGUCGGCACCCACAAGUGCUUACUUCCUGGGGUCAGAACUCUGCAUUUACCUUACUACAGCUCAAGAUAGUUUGGGGCCCUGCUGGCUCAUGAUUGCCUUGCGGGCAGUAAGGGCGCCCAGAUCCCGGUCACAGCGACUGCCUUGCGAGGUAGACCGAAGCAGGAGACCGGCUCCGCAGGGAGAUCUGGCAAGUCUGCCGGUGCUCUUCCCCCCCCCCCGCCUCACGAGUCCCUUCUUCAGAGAAACUCCCCUCCCAGGACUCUGGGCUUUCCAAGCGGCUCCUUGUGCGGGCCUCGAGGCCCUCCCCGGAAGGCCUUUCCUGCGGAGCCCCCCCCCAGGUCCCCCCAAGAGGGGCUCGGCAGGCGCUCCGGCCAGGCUCCGUCGGGGCCCCGGGAGGCCUGGUUUGACCUGCGCGCAGCUUCUGCCUUGCCGCGGCCUGCCUCGCGCUUCCCCCCGGGACCUCAUCCGACUCCAUUAUACGGUCCGCGUCCGGAGAGGGUCCGGGGCCGCUCGCAGACGCCGGAAGCGGCGAAGGGGCGCCUGGCGGGAAGGGCGCUCGCUCGCUCGCUCGCUCGCUCGGCAGUGCGGCACUUCGGGCGCCGCGGGCGCCACUUCCUCCCCUGGCCGCGGGGCGGCGCUCGCCCGGCCCUCCCUUUCCCCGCCCGCCGCCGGCCAAGGAGAGCCGGGCAGCGCCGCCCCCUCCGUGCGCGUGACGUCAUGCGCCGGACGCCGCGCGGUGACGCAAGGCUGUUGCCGAGGAACGCCGCCCGGUGCGCCCGCCUCCCCUUCCGCGCCGGAACCCCGAACGCGGCGCCGGGGACGGAGGGGCCGCAGAGUGACGGACGGCCGAGCGGAGCACGGACAGACGGGAGAGCGGGAGAGCGAGCGGGCGGCGGGGCCGCGGCGGGGCCAGCGGAGCAGCGCCCGCCAUGGUGCUCGUCAAAGAAUACCGCAUCGUUUUGCCUGUGUCGGUGGAGGAGUACCAGGUGGGGCAGCUGUACUCCGUUGCUGAGGCCAGCAAGAAUGAAACUGGCGGGGGCGAAGGGGUGGAAGUGCUGGUGAACGAGCCCUACGAGCGAGACGGAGAGCGGGGGCAAUACACCCACAAGAUAUACCACUUGCAGAGCAAAGUCCCUCCCUUCGUACGGAUGCUGGCCCCUGAGGGUGCCCUGGACAUUCACGAGAAGGCCUGGAACGCCUACCCUUUCUGCCGGACCGUUAUAACAAACGAGUACAUGAAGGAUGAUUUUCUGAUCAAAAUUGAAACCUGGCACAAAGCAGAUAUGGGCAUGCAGGAGAAUGUCCAUAAACUAGAUCCUGAGGAGUGGAAGAACGUGGAGGCUGUUUCCAUAGACAUUGCGGACCGGAGCCAUGUGCUUUCCAGGGACUACAAGCCAGAUGAAGACCCAGCAAAAUUUAAAUCGGUCAAGACUGGCCGUGGCCCUCUGGGCCCCAACUGGAAGAAAGAGCUGGGCAAGCAGGCCGAAUGCCCGUACAUGUGUGCUUACAAGCUGGUCACGGUCAAAUUCAAGUGGUGGGGUCUGCAAAACAAAAUUGAAAACUUUAUCCAGAAGCAAGAGAGGCGGCUUUUUACGAAUUUCCACCGGCAGCUGUUCUGCUGGCUUGAUAAAUGGGUUGACCUGACCAUGGAGGACAUUCGCCGGAUGGAGGACGAGACGAAGAGGCAGCUGGACGAGUUUGUGAGUGGGUCUCCGGGAAGGCCCAGGAACUCCACCCUCUUGACCAACGGACCAUCUCUGGACAUUCAAGCCCUCCUUCUCCAGUCGGCCGGCAACUUCUGCCCCCCUCGCUAAUUCUAGUUGCCCUUCAUCUAGUGAGCAAAUCCUUUGGUCCUGAGCGCCCAGGCCGUGGUGCCCAGGGAAGAGGCGGCCCUUCAGGACAGCUGCUUCUGCGACCACCCCCUUCCCCCAGGGAGGUGCAUACACCAGUUCUCAUGGGACUGUUUGAUUUCCAAGUGGCAGGUUUUGUUGAAGUUGUCUCGUGAUGUGGUGAUUUGGAGUUCCUUGGUCCCUGCCUCAGUUUCCCCUCUUCCGAGCCCUGGGAUGGUGGUCCCCUUGUGGAGACGGGAGCUCUCAGUCUUGAGCGCCACAAAGGCCGGGAUCUGGAAGCCUUUUUUCUCUGUAAAGAAUAUUCUUGUCUUGGGUGCAUCUCUGGUCUCCCUCGCACAGGCGUGGCUGCUGGCAGACGGUUGCCCCGAUCAGCUUGUGGUCUCUGCUCCUUGCCCCACUCCUCGCCUGAGGCCGCUGCUGCUGCUGCUUUGGGGAUGUGUGUCCUGGAGCCCAGCAACAAUAGCUGAAGCCCUCUCCACUCUGAGAGUGGGGAGGGUCUCACUCCUCUUUUCCAGGACUGCCUGAAUUGGGGCUUGUGGAGGUGGUCCCCAAGCCCAGCCCUGGGGCUGGACUCCCCUUCAGACAAUCCCACGAGCAAGGGGGAGCGAACGGCCAGCCCAGUGGGGAUUCUCUCCCUGCCUCCCCUUCCACAGCUAGGCCUGGGGGAAGGCUAGAGUGGGCUUUGGGGAGCAGAGAGGCCACCCUCCAGCUCUCCCCCAUUCCCUGCCAGCCGAUUCCUUUUUUGCCUUUACGUGCAAUAAGCAAGCCUGUUCUGCUGUGGCCGAAGGUGGCCUUCCUCGGCAGGAGGGCCUUCGUGGCGAGCCGAAAGGGCUUUUCUGGGCACAGGAGGUAGGACUAAAGUGGGGACGGAAUGUCCCUGGCCAGCCAGGCCGAGUCCUUUGGGAUCCGGCUGUGUCCCAGUAGUCCUCCCUCUGAGACACGCGGGUGCUGCGUAAUCCUCUCUCCUCCAAAAGGCAGAACUACAACAUAGAGAAUUAUUGUGUGGCUAAGAGGAUCUGCUCAGACACGUUACUGUUCCCACUCCUGCUUAAAAGAUUUGGGUUUAACUCGGAGGCUUUCUCUGGGAACAGAUGGUGACAUUUUGAGGAUGGGGGAGAGAAUUAAAAUGACUCUGGUAGAAGGCAAGAAUUCUUAUUAAAACAUUAACUUCCUUACUUAGCAGCAAGAACAAGGCAAGUACAGACACCCCUCCCUGCGUGUCCUGCAUUGGAGUUGACCCAGUGCGCCCCUCCCCACCUGCAGCUGAGGCUCCCGCAGAGCCCCGUUCCCCAUGGGCAGUGAUGGCUGCCCCCAUCACCCCCACCCUUGUUUCCUGCCGAGGAGAGCAGGUGGCGAUGGAGGCCAAUGCAGCCGAAGCUGCUUCAGUGCGUUGUGCCUGGCUUCGUGCUCCAGAAUCCCCGACCUUGGAAGGGGCUCCUGAUGCGGGCUACGGGCCGAGUGCGGAGACGCAAAGAGCAGGUCCCGCUGGCUGCGUUGUGAUGGCUGAAGCUCCGGCGGGUAAACACACCCUCCCCAUUUUAGCAUGCUCUUGUUUUCCUCAAUUUCUUUUCUGCCGAACCUGCAAGGACUCCCUGACCGGUCCAGUUGGGUUCCUCGUGCUAUUCGUUUCUACGACAUCCGCUCUGUAGGAUAGGUUAGAUGAUCUCCAUUGUUUCUUUACUGUGAGUUGUGCCUUUUUUUUUUUUUUUGGUCUCCCAAUCUUCCAAUACAGGCCUAUUGGAAAUAACUCUUAAUAAAAUCAUAGACAGAAGAGCA